UUCAGACUGUUGCUUUAACUCAGUGUUCCUUGCUGUACCUGAAUGCUACUUUAACUCAGUGUACCUGGAUGGACCUGACUUGUAGUUUAACUCAGUGUACCUGGCUGGUCUUGACUUCUACUUUAUCUCAGUGUACCUGGCUGGUUCUGACUUCUACUGGUCCUGACUUCUACUUCAACUCAGUGGACCUGGCUGGUUCUGACUUCUACUGGUCCUGACUUCUACUUUAACUCAGUGUACCUGGCUGGUUCUGACUUCUACUUUAACCCAGUGUACUUGGCUGGUCGUGAAUGCUGCUUUAACUCGGUGUACCUGGCUGGUCCUGAAUGGUGCUUUAACUCAGUUUACCUGGCUGUUCCUGACUUGUACUUAAACUCAGUGUACCUGGCUGUUCCUGACUUGUACUUAAACUCAGUGGACCUGGCUGUUCCUGACUUGUACUUUAACUCAGUGUACCUGGCUGGUCCUGAAUGGUGCUUUAACUCAGUAUACCUGGCUGGUCCUGACUUCUACUUUAACUCAGUGUACCUGGCUGGACCUGACUUCUACUUUAACUCAGUGGGUGUACCUGGCUGGACCAUGUGGUGGUGGCUGCUGGCCGUGUUGCUAGCAGGAACGUUGGUGGCCUUCCUCACCUUUGGUCGCCGUUACAAAGUAUUCAGCGAGAAGAACCUGAGAGCUCCUGCACCUUUUGUCAGCGACAACAAGAAGAGAGACGACAGGCUGAAGAAAGGAUUCCGCUUGGAUCGAGUUCCAGGCAACUUGGACGCCGUGGUAAUCGGCAGCGGCGUGGGAGGACUGACAGCGGCGGCCAUCUUGUCCAAAGCUGGAAAGAAAGUUCUGGUUUUGGAGCAACAUGACCAGGCCGGUGGAUGCACACACACCUUCCAAAAUAAAGGCUUCGAGUUUGAUGUUGGUAUUCAUUAUCUUGGUCAGCUUCACGACAACAGUCUACUUCGAGUGGCUCUGGACCAAAUCACAGAGGGUCAGCUGCAGUUCACCCGACUUGAACAACACUUUGAUACUUUAGUUCUGGGCCAGCCUGGACAACACAGGGAGUACCACAUCCAUGCCGGAAAGACUGAAAUGGCAGAGAGUCUGAAAAAACAGUUUCCAGGGGAGGAAGAUGCCAUCGAUGAAUUCUUUCGCUUGAUGAAGUCGGUGUCAAAGCGGACGCCACUAAUCGCCUGUUUGAAGAUUAUUCCUUACUGGCUGGUCACAUUCCUCAUUUGGGCGGGUCUAUUGGAUCGCAUAUCAACAGUGUUCCGCCUGGCGACAACAAACCAUUCUGAAAUGAUGUCCCGUCUGACAGACAACAAGGACUUGCAAGCCUUGUCCGCCUACCUCUUCUAUGGUGUGCCUCCUAAAGAGUCCAGCUUCCUCAUCAACGCUCUUCUUAUUCACCAUUACAAGCGAGGUGCGUAUUAUCCACGAGGGGGCGCCAGUGAGUUUGCCUUCCACAUCAUUCCGGUCAUCCAGCAGUCAGGGGGCGCUGUGUUGGUCCGAGCUCCUGUGCAGCGAAUUCUGCUGAACCAGCAAGGGAGAGCCUAUGGUGUGACAGUUCUGAAAGGCCAAGAGGAGUUGGAGAUCUUUGCUCCUGUUGUCAUCUCCAACGCAGGAAUUUUCAACACCUUCCAGAAGUUUUUGCCCCGGCAGAUCCAAGAGAAAGCAGAGAUCCAGUCCUUGUUGAGCAUGGUGCGUCACGGUAUGGGCUCCUUCUUGGUCUUUGUUGGUCUGGACGGAACCAAAGAAGAACUGGGAAUCGUUUCCACCAAUUUCUGGAUGUACAAAGACAACGAUCUUGACGCACUGAUGGAUCAAUACUCCUCCCUGAGCAGAGAGCAGGUACUUGGCAACAUUCCCAUGAUGUUCAUCACCUUUCCGUCUGCCAAAGAUCCCACCUCCAGCGUUCGGCAGCCAGGGAAGUCCUGCAUGACGUUACUCACCAUGGCUCGCUAUGAGUGGUUUGAGGAAUGGGAGAAGACCAAACUGGGCAAGAGAGGACAAGACUACCUGGACCUGAAGAACGGAAUGUCCCAGGAGCUGCUGGACUGGGCCUUGACCAUCUUCCCCCAACUGAAAGAUAAGGUGGUGAUGGUGGACGCUGCCACCCCCCUGACUAAUGUGCACUACCUGGGCGCCCCCAGAGGUGAGAUGUACGGUGCUGAACACAACUUGGAGCGCUUCACCCCACAGGCGGUGGCUAGGACCAGACCACAAACCCCAGUGGAUGGUCUCUACUUGACAGGGCAGGACGUGUUCUGUAAUGGAAUGGCCGGAGCGCUGCAUGGAGGACUUCUGUGUGCCUCAGCUGUCCUCCAUCAGGUUCUCUACAUCGACCUGCUGGCCCUGAAGUCCCGUAUGAAGAAAAAACAUAAACUCACCCGAAAGUCAGCAUGACAACCCUAAAUAUGUAUCAGGUGUCUGCAGAUACAUAUUACUUUUCACUAUUGUGUUGUUUAUUGUAGUAUUAACAUGUUUUACCAAUUCUGUAACAUAGAUUUGUUAUAUUAUUAACAUGUUUUACCAAUACUGUAACAAAUAUUUAUUGUAGAAUUAACAUGUUUCACUUAUACUGAAACAUAGAUUUAUUGAAGUAUUAAUAUUUGUUACCAAUACCGAAAAAUCUGUUGUUAUGGUUUGUGCUCAGUGAGACUAAAAGGUUUACUUCGCA